AUUCCCCGACCCAUGAACGCCUUCAUGGUGUGGGCCAAAGAUGAGAGGAAGAGGCUGUCUUUGCAGAAUCCCAACCUUCAGAACACAGAGCUCAGCAAACUGUUGGGGCGGUGUUGGAAAUCGCUUACUGUGGUGCAGAAGCGGCCAUACAUCCUGGAAGCGGAGAGGUUGCGGGUUGAACACAUGUUGGAGUAUCCCAACUACAAAUACAGGCCACGACGAAAAAGCCAAACCCGUGGUCCCUACAGGAAUGGCAUUUCUGCUCCCAGGGAUGGCACUGACCAGCUGGAAUCUGCAGGCCUUCAAGACAAGGAACUGCCCACCAGCACCCAAACAAUGGAUCAUAUCAGCAGCCCAAACCUCCCCCCAAAGAUAAAUUCACCCUCCAGCAUGCCGGAAACCUUCCCUUUUGGGAAACAGUCUCCAGUCUCCAGAGAGCAACUUACUCACCUACUUCGCACAUCAGAAACAGGGAAUGUAUCGACAGGGAUGGAAUGGUCGAGGUCUCAUCCAGUUUAUAGUCAUCCCGAAACUAAAUGGAGUGCAAAUGGCAGCCAAUUCCACCAGCCAAGCCCACUGCUCCCUCCCCAUGAUACAGCACUGUGUUCUCACAACACGGGAGUAGGAACUUCUCCAUUGGUCGGAAGUUUAGCCCAGUGCUGUAGUCAGCUAUGUCAAGCUCCGCAGACAGUGAACAGCUCAGAAGCCCUUGAUAGUUUGUGCUAUGCUGAACUACUGGCUGAUGUGGAUCGCAAUGAGUUUGACCAGUACCUCAACAAUGACUCCUGGUCCGAUCCACUUGGCCAUCUAUUGAACGAGAAGGUCUUUGGGAGCAAUGACACCAGUGAAACUGAUCUUGUGUCUGUGUUGGCUGACAUGAACACAGCCUGUUAUAAUACCAUUUCCAGAUUCAUUUGA